CAGCGUCUCAACAGUAUGAGAUUCGUCUUGCAGCAGCAGCUCCUGUAGAUUCUUCUCAUCCAUCGUCCUGAUGAGCAGCGAUCAGCCUCCUCCGUAUCGUCCUCUUUACCCUGAGACUCAGCCGAGCCCUGGUUUCCCCUCAGCUUUCAGCUCUCAGCAUGUGGCCUUCCCCGGCUCCUCAUUCCAGACUUUUCCUCAGAGCUACACAGGUGGAGGAGAUCAGUCCUACUACUCUGGGCCUCCAGCAGAGACGAUGGGGCCUCCAGGAACCUUUGUCAUCCAGCCUGGAUACCAGGGUUACCAGAGGGUCGGCCCCGGCCCCGACCCCAAACUGUACGGAGAGGCACCAAAACACACAGUGUUCGUGGUGGAGCCGCAGGAUCAGCGGCGAGGACGUGCCGAGGACUCGUUUCUAAAAAGCUGUUUACCUGCUUUGUGCUGCUGCUGCCUCUGGAACCUGGUGAGGUCGCACCUCGGCUGAACUCUGACCUCUGACCCGCACCUUCCCCGAGUCUCCCAUCAUGCAGGCGGGGCAGAAAUGAUCAUGCGAGAGCUCUGAAAAUAAAUAGAUAAAUAAAUGAAUGAAUGAAAAAGAGGAAAGGUUUUGCCUGGGCUCUCGCCUGGAUUUGGACCUGAGAAGAACUGCUCUGAUUUUAAUCUUGGAAUUCUGACACAAAGUGUCAAAAGUCUGAUUUAAAAAUGUUGGACUGAAUUCUGACUUUAAUCUCAAAAUUCCUCAGUGUUCUGAUUUAAAUCUUAGAAUUCUGAUUCAAAUCUUGGAAAUCUGACUGGAAUUUCAGGUUAAUCUGACCUAAAUAUCAGAAUUCCUGUGUUCCCAC